CAACAACAACAACACCACUCGAAGCAGCAACAGCAACAACAGCACUCGAAGCAGCAGCAACAACAACAAGAAGCGAGGCGGUGGUGGUGGUGAGAGCCAUCGUCGCUAACGAUGACUGCGCGACUCUUGAGCGCCACGUGCCCGCGAAUGGCUGCCCGGGGUGCCCGCGCGGGGCGGCUGCGCCUGGCGGCCCCGACUCGGGGGGCCUCCUCGGGGGGCCCCGAGGAGGCCCCCCUCAAGCGCACGCCUCUGCACGACUUCCACAGGCAGCACGGCGGCAGGAUGGUGGGGUUCGCCGGCUGGAGCAUGCCCGUGCAGUACAAGGAGAGCCUCAUCUCGUCGCACCUGCACACGCGCGAGCGCUGCUCCGUCUUCGACGUUUCGCACAUGAUGCAGUGCAAGGUGCUGGGCAGGGACGCGGUGGCCUUCAUGGAGAGCCUCACCGUGGCCGACGUGGCCGGCCUCAAGGACGACCAGGCCACCCUGUCUCUGCUCACCAACGACGCAGGGGGCAUCGUCGACGACCUCAUCGUCACCAAGACCUCCAAGGGACACCUCCACGUGGUGUCGAACGCCGGCUGCGCCGACAAAGACCUGGCGCGCAUGCGGGAGCGCCUGCGCGAAUUCAAGAGCGCGGGCCGCGACGUCGACCUGGAGGUCGUGGACGCCGCUCUGCUGGCCGUGCAGGGCCCAGCCACGGCCAGGGUCCUGCAGGCCGGCGUGUCGGAGGACCUCGGCGGGCUGGCCUUCAUGCACAGCGCCGAGAUGAGCGUCUUCGGCGUGGCCGGCUGCCGCGUCACUCGCUGCGGCUACACGGGCGAGGACGGCGUGGAGAUAUCCGUGGCCCCGGAGCACGCGGUGGGCCUCGUCGAGACGCUGCUGCAGCAGCAGCGGCUGCGGCGCAACGUCGGCGGCGAGGAGGAGGAGGAGGUGGUGAAACUCGCGGGCCUGGGGGCCCGCGACAGUCUGCGGCUGGAGGCGGGCCUCUGCCUGUACGGCAACGACAUCGACGAGACGACGACGCCCGUGGAGGCCGCCUUGCUGUGGACCAUCGGCAAGAGGAGGCGAGCCGAGGGGAACUUCCCCGGUGCCGGUGUCAUCCUGGGGCAGAUCGCCGAGAGGCCGGCGAGGAAGAGGGUCGGCCUCGUCUCGUCGGGGCCUCCCGCACGCCAGCGCGCGCCCAUUGUCGACGGGCAGGGCGAGAAGAUCGGCGAGGUGACCAGCGGGUGUCCGUCGCCGUGCCUCAAGAAGAACAUCGCCAUGGGGUACGUGCCGAGCGGCCUCGCAAAGCCGGGGACGCGGCUGCGAGUGGAGGUCCGCAAGAAGUUGGUAGACGUCGUCGUGAGCAAGAUGCCCUUCGUGCCCACGCGUUACUUCGCGGGCGUUUGACGAGCCGAGAAGUUGCUCCCCCACGUGUCAAAAGGGGGUGGUGGGAAAAAAAA